GCGCGAGGCAGCCUCUUGGAACUCGCGUAUAUUAUUUUCUCAUGAUACGUAGAACUAAGAUCGCGAUACAAGUACAGUGAGAGAAUCAAGACUUGUAUGAAGUUUUCAAUCUCUUGUCAACGGACAGGAGCAAAAAGCCACUAAUAAAGACAAUUUGUGAUAAGCGGACAUAAUCAUAGUGUUUAUUGUGCAAAUUACAGACUUUUGAACUAGUGCAUGGAAAAUUUACGAGGAAUUCAUCGAAAAGUUGAAUUACGUAGGUGACUUUUUCGCGAGUAACUAGACUCUUUGGGAUCAUUUGUCUUGAAAAAUCUUAACAUAUGUCUCAGAGUAUAAGCGAUAAGGACUUGAUGGAAGAAAUUCCAAGUAUCUUAAUGAAAUAAACGAACUGAUCAUUGAUAACAAAUGGAUAAUUUGGCGAUUUGCACCCAAACAUUGAAUCAACAUUAAUUUUAACACGCUUUCCUCAUUAUAAAUAGAUAAAAGACGGCGGAGUACGAGCGCCUAUCAUUUCAGUGAGAAAAUUCAACUGUUGAUGAUCUGAAUUAUCAGUCUAACAGCUUAGGAAUGGCUUCUCACGUAGAAAACUUGUCGUUCAAAGUCCACUAUCCACUAAGCCCGACUUCCAGCAUUUGCUCAGAGAGAUCCACUCCGUCACCCGAUUCGGGAUUAGAAUGCCCUCAGAGUCUGGCGAGUGAUUCUAAUUUCCUUCAGCUGAGAUCGGAGAAUCAAGUGGCCAGACGAAAGAUCUCAACAUCUUCAGAUGCUUCAUACGUGUCUACAAAUCUAAGCCACGAUGGGGGUUUUUCAGACACUCCAGAUGAGAUAACAACACCUUCCAAUAUCGAUGAUGAUAUUCUUGAGAAGUUUGAUGGCCUCGAGUGUUCCCCCAGGAACUCAAACCUGGAUAAUCCAGAAAUCACCGUCGACAUUGUUAGUGAACAAGAAGAUCUUCAUGACGAGGAUGAUGACGAUGAUUUGCAGGAAAGGGGACCUGAGCCAAAAUCUAAGCAUAAUCGCAAAAAACCCUACGAAAGCUGUAGUGAUUGGUUGCAAUCAAUGGAAAGUCAAGCUUAUUCCCCUGAGCUCGACUCUUCAGCCCAACAGAUUCUGAGCGAUCCACAGCUGAGGGACAAAAUAACACUCUGCCUUGACCAGCUGACUGACGAUAAUGAGGGACAAAGGAGUUGUGUAAAUAAUGAAUGGAUUGGCACCUCUGUGGGAAGUGGUCAUCCAACUUGCAACAGCCAUUCGGAUGAGAGGUCAAUAGCAUUCAUUCCUUCCAUUAUUCUUCAUCAGGAUUGUCUUCCGAAUGAAGAACAAUUGAUGUUCAUCGAUCUCCAGAAAUUUCAAGCAGCCCAAUCAGACACGAAUAAUCCACAUCCAUCGCCCGCUGCGAGUUCAGAUAAUUGGCCGGAUUCACCAAGCAGCUAUAAUUUUUUAUCCUCAAGGUCACACAGUCAAGCUUCGAGUCGCGCUCAGUCGCCCGGAUCUUUAGGAAAUAUUGGAUCACCGAUGGUCUUAAUUUCCGUCGCUGGAAGCCCACCGCAACAAAGACUCACACCUUUCAGACAGCCACGACCUCAAUCCACAUCAUCAUCGUCUAAUUACUCCUUUGGAGACACCCCCAGUCCUUCGAAUUACCUUCAAUCCAUCGACCGAAGAAUUGAGGAUCAACUUGGAAGACACUUUGGGAAUAUCAGAACCUGCGAAAGCUGUGAAUCAUCGAGCACGAUUGUCAACAGUGAUAACGUUGACGACAUAGACUGCAGAAUUCAGCUGAUGAACGAAGUCAUCAGGGACAACCGUGAGCAAGAUGAAAUGCAGGUUGUUCCCAAAUAUCAGAAUGACACGAUGACCUGCAGAAUGCCUAACAAAAAUUUCGAUCGAAGCAACUACAUUUUUCCCAACCCGAUGUAUCCCAACAGUGUUUCCGAUCUUGGGAAUACUGGGAUUCUCAUCAAUUCAGCGCAGAACAAUCUCAUCUACACUGAGUACAAUUAUAGCUUCAAUCAGAAUGUUGUGAAUAAUCUUCAGGAAGGGAGAGGUAACGAACAGAGCUUUUCAGCUUCAGAACCUGUAACUGACUUCGUGGCUGAACUUGAAGAUAUCGCAACACAAACUUACCUGAAUCAGAGUCCAGAGAUUCAUGGCUUGCCGGACUCGGAACCCAAUUACAAUAUUCGGCCCGCAGACGUUGGCCAUAUACCCGCACAAUAUGGAACCCACCAACAAUUCAGUAAUCCCGAGCAACCUUCAACUUCGACCUUUGACAACUUCCCCAUUCCGAAACCAGUUUCGCAAUAUAGAUCAAGCAAUUCCCGAAGAAACUCAUUCAGGAAGACCUCUCCAUGGUCAUUACUCAACCUUCCAGCGACAUCGUCAAGUGAAACAUUGAAAGCCCAAGUCAACCCUGAAGAGCUAGAGAGUGCCAUGAGGUGUCUCUUGAAAAAAUCGAAUAGUAAACUGAUGAUGCCAGACAAGCACAGUAAUGCUGAUGGUGAUACGAUGCUUAUGUGUAUCGUGAGCAGUCCUUCAGAACUAGAGACGAUGAAAGCGUACUUAGCGCCUCUGGUAGAACGCCUCGGGCAAAUUCCUAAUGGGCUUUCGAAAAUCAACAAUCGAGGAGAGGAUGCUUUAUACUUAGCUGCUAUGAACUGCCCUCAGAUGCCUCAUGUCGCGGGAUAUCUGGCAGCAGCGAUGCUUCAGAAAGGAAUUGAUAUCAGUCAGCGAUUAUAUCAGACUCGCGGUGACACAUUGAUUCACGCUGUCGCCGUCCGUGGCGAGACCCACAAGUCAGUGCUAGCUGAAUUGCUGUCUCUGAAAACCGUUCAAGGCAAUCCGGUAUUCGAUCUAUCAAAACGCAAUUACGACGGAAAAACACCCUUGCACGUAUCGGUAGAAGCUCACGAUCCAUCGGGUUCCCGGAUCGAUUCGAUUUCAAUUGUGCGAUUACUGCUCGAAAAUGGGGCAGAUCCCAAAGUUGAAGAAACAACACAUGGUAACACCGCUCUACACCUCGCGGUUUCUUUGUCCAGCGAUCCGAGUCUUAUCCGAACCCUGUUAGCGAAGAAAGGCUGUGAGGCCGUGAAUGUUUUCAAUCGAAACAGAAACACUCCUUUGCACAUGGCAGCGGCAGUAUCUGAUAGAAUAAGCUUGGACGUUCAGAAGGAUAUUUGUAUGAACUUGAUCCAGGCCGGGGGGUUAACGAACAUUGCGAACGGCCAAGGGAGAACUCCCUUGGCUCUUGUAUCUUUCGAACGAAAGGAGUUCAUUAGACACAUCUUCCAGGGACGGGAGCUACGUUUCUCAUAAUGUAAUCAUCUUUAUGCCCUACUCUCAUCAUUCUAAUAUCUCUCACUAUUUUGUUUAACACCAAAGAGACGAAUGUAGAUUAGCCUUUGGCUUCAUGUUUUUGUAUAUCAAGGAAUAUUUUCGUAAUAUGUUAAAUGGGAUUUAAAUAUCUAGCAGUAAGACAUGCCUAGUUGAGAGUAACCAAAGACGUGCGGACUGUACUUCCGCGAGAUUAAAUAUUUUAAUUUCAUCCAUGAAUAAAUCAUAAUCAGAUGCGAAUAUUCUUAAGUGAAUGGAUGAUUUCAUGAAGACUGAAAAUUUAAAAGGAUAGUAAGUUAAUAAGAUGAAUAUUGAACGUGUAAAUAAAUUAAGGGGUAUUACUAUGCGACAAUGAUUCUGCACUUGUGGGUGAUGGUACAAAUGUUCUGUAAGGCAUUUAUAUGUAUACUGUUAAUCAUAAACGUGAACCAUUAUAACUUUUGUAAAUUGUAGAUCCAUUAAAGAAAAUGUAUACUUA